CCAAUGGUGAGUCUUAGCUACAUUGUUUACGUGUUGGUUAGCCUAUUCAACCCAAUUAGCUUCCUUCUCUACGGUCAUCAUCAUGAUCAUCCUGAUCAGUACUCCAGUAGUACUAGUAUAGAACACAAUCAUAAUAAGGUGGCGUUGUUUGUGUUUGGGGACUCGCCAUUUGAGGCUGGAAACAACCAAUACCUUCCUAAUAUUACCGUAGAAGAUGAUGCAGCGAUAGCCUGGCCAUAUGGAGAAACAUACUUCCACCAUUCCACUGGAAGAUAUUGCGAUGGACGUAUUGUCCCAGAUUUUAUCGCUAAGUUUGGAAAACUGCCAAUGCUUCCACCAUAUCUGCAACCUGGUCCACAUGAUUUUACUGAUGGAUCCAACUUUGCUUCAGGAGGAGCCGGAGUUCUUGAAACAACUAACCCAGGAUCGUCAAUAAGUCUUCCGACGCAGUUAAGCUAUUUAAAAAAUGUGGCAAAGUUGCUGGAGCUGAAGUUAGGUGAUUUAGAAGCCAAACGUGUGCUGAGGACCGCUGUUUACUUGUUCAGCAUCGGAGGGGUGGAUGAUAUGGUCUUCUACUCUACAUAUCCAAAUGCCACCGAGUCCCUGCGAUCCGAAUUCAUAGCAAAUGUGAUUGGUAACUUGACCGUUGUGCUCAAAGAAAUAUACAACUUAGGAGGAAGGAAGAUUGCAUUUCAGAAUGUAGGAUCUCUUGGGUGCCAACCUAUAAAUAGACAAUCAUACGGUGCCAUUGAAGGGUAUGUUGAAGGACUUUUGACUUUGGCGAGGCUACACAAUAGAGCUCUAGCUAAUGUCCUCGAAGAACUAGAGCUAGAGCUAUCGGGAUUCAAAUAUUCAAUAUUUAACUACUAUGAUGCGCUUUUGGAACUAUACCAUAACCCUGCAAAACAUGGGUUCACAAAUGGGUCGGAUGCAUGUUGUGGUAUAGGACCAUACCGAGGAGAUGAUUGCGGCGGAGAUAAUGGAACCGAACCAUAUGAAUUGUGCCCAAACCCAGGUGACUAUGUGUGGUGGGAUGGUGGCCAUUCGACUGAAAGAGCAAACCUUAAAUUGGCAGAGCUAAUAUGGAGUGGCACGCUAAAUACUACCGGGCCUUACAAUGUCAAACAGUUUUUUCAGCAAGUUUGAGAUCAAUUAAUCCUCCAUUUCUUUUCUCAAAGGAAAAAAUCAUUCAUUUCAAAGUCAUCUUAUGAUUAUUAAUGAAAUAAAAGCUACUAUUGUAGUGGUUCAACUUCAAACAAAACUAUAUUAAUUCCGUUUUAGAUUGAGAUCCUCUCA